UAUUGAGUAGGGGAUCAAGCAUCAAGCUAAGAACUUUCCCUGGGAAGAGGGACUAAAGGAUGCAAAUUGAAAAUGAAAAACUCUACCUUCUUCUCCUUAAACUGCUGAAGACAGACACGUGCCAGUGAGUGAUGUGAAUCUAUUUCAUCUACUGAAACAAAAGACAACAUUGCAAGUCGUGUCUUUUUCUUCUUAAUACCUUUCCUGGCACAACAUUUAUUUUUAAAAAGACACAUGAAGAAGGAAGCAGAGCAGUAUCAUUUGCAUCCACCUGCAUUCCUUGCAUCUGGGAGAGAUGGUCUUGUCUGUCCAGUUGAUCGCCUUCACCUACAUCUGGAUCACAUUGAUGCCAAAUGCUUUUGCAGUUUCUGAUAUCAAGAAACAACCCCAGCAUUGCUCCUCUUCCAUGAAGCAAAUCCGCAAGCAAGAAACUAGAAUGGAGAGAGAUGACAGUACCAAAGUGUGGCCCCUGAAGUAUCAGCAGCUCCUCCAUAUUGAGGGCCACGACUUUUCACUGAGACCAGGAUUUGGAGGAUCUCCAGUGCCAGUAGGCAUAGAUGUCCAGGUUGAAAGCGUUGACAGCAUUUCAGAGGUUGACAUGGAUUUUACAAUGACUUUUUAUCUCAGGCAUUACUGGAAAGAUGAAAGGCUGUCCUUUCCUAGCACGACAAACAAAAGCAUGACCUUUGAUCAUAGAUUAAUCGAAAAGAUUUGGGUUCCAGAUAUCUUUUUUGUCCAUUCUAAAAGAUCCUUCAUCCAUGAUACGACUAUGGGAAACAUCAUGCUGCGAGUUCAUCCUGAUGGGAAUGUCCUCUUCAGUCUCAGGGUAACAGUUUCAGCCAUGUGCUUUAUGGAUUUCAGCAGGUUUCCUCUUGACACUCAAAACUGUUCUCUUGAACUGGAAAGCUAUGCUUACAAUGAGGAUGAUCUAAUGCUAUACUGGAAACGUGGGAACAAAUCCUUAAAUACUGAAGAGCACAUUUCCCUUUCUCAGUUCUUCAUUGAGGAGUUCAGUGCAUCCAGUGGAUUAGCUUUCUAUAGCAGCACAGGUUGGUACUGUAGGCUUUUCAUCAACUUUGUGCUACGGAGGCAUAUCUUCUUCUUUGUGCUGCAAACCUACUUUCCAGCUAUGUUGAUGGUGAUGCUUUCAUGGGUUUCAUUCUGGAUUGACCGGAGAGCUGUUCCUGCCAGAGUGUCCUUGGGAAUCACCACGGUGCUGACCAUGUCCACAGUCAUCACCGGCGUGAGUGCCUCCAUGCCCCAGGUGUCCUACGUCAAGGCCGUGGACGUAUACUUGUGGGUCAGCUCCCUCUUCGUGUUUCUGUCGGUCAUUGAGUACGCAGCUGUGAAUUAUCUCACCACAGUGGAAGAGCAGGAGCAGUGCAAGAAGAAAGGGGAGAUUUCUGGAAUGUACAACAUUGAUACAGUCCAAGCCAUGGCCUUCGAUGGUUGUUUCCAUGACAGUGACAUUGACGUGGACCAGACUUCCUUUUCUCUCCAUUCUGAAGAGGACUCAAUGAGAGAAAAAGCCACAGGCAGCCCUAGCACAGAUUCGCCUCAGAUGAAGAGAAAAAAAUCCCUGGGAGGAAACAUUGGUAGAAUCAUCUUGAAGAAAAACCAUGUCAUUGAUACCUAUUCUAGAAUUCUAUUUCCCAUUGUGUACAUAAUCUUUAAUUUGUUUUACUGGGGCAUAUAUGUAUGAAGAGUCUCUCUCUCUCUCUCUCUCUCUCUCUCUCUCUCUCUCUCUCUCUCUCUCUCUCUGUGUGUGUCUCUCUCUCUCUCUCUGCAGCACUGGCAUCAAAUGCAGCACAUGCUAGGUAAGAGAAUUGUCUCUGAGCCCAUCCCAUAGCCUGAAGAGUAAUUCCUGAUGUGUAAAACUUGCAUUGAGAUCACAUUAUUUUUAUUUAUAAACCCUUUAAUGUAAGUUAUGCAGUACAGAUUGAACUUGGAGAGACAUAGACAAGUCUUUUGGCCUAAAGAUUUGAGAGCUCACUGAUUUAAACCUAGGAAAAUGUUCAAAAUCCAAGGAGAAUUUGCCUCCAUAAACAAGUGUUAUGGGAAUGUGUAUUAUGGAAAAAAACUUUUUUUCCAUGUGGAAGAGAUUUUAAACUACUUCAUCUGGGCUCUUCUUGUCUCUUAAUGAAAAUAUUCUUUAUUUAACUGGGAAAUAAAAUUUGACUAUGGCAUGAAUUGAGGGUUAAUUAAUUUCUUGAUGUCAGCCGUGUGUCAAGACUAUCUAACAAAUUUAUAUCCUGUAGAGAAGAACAUUUACAUCAAGGCAAGGCCAUCUUCAUGGCUGAGUCUUUUUUUGUUGUUGUUUUGUUUUAAUCGGUACGGGGGAUUGAACUCACGACUGCCUGCUUGAAAGGCAGGUGUUUAUACCGCUGAGCUAAAUCCCCAGCCCCUCAAUGGCUGAGUCUUAUGAAGGACUCUCUUUUGUCUCCAAUCAAACCUUUUAUCUAACUUUUACCUUUCAUAUAUUAUUUAGUCCAAGAAGGGAAAAUAUCUAAACUUCACUCAGUCUUCUCUCUUAAUAUGUAUGAAUUCAUACUUUAAUCAUCAACAACGCCAUCUAGCAUAGUUGAGAUGAGUGAUAGCUUUUGUAGGUUUUUGUGGGUAUUUAAGUAAUUACUUUAUUCAUCAAAUGGUCAAUACUGGCCACCUACAUCUACCAGAAACUUGAUUAGGUAUUACAUACUGAAAAAUGAAUAUGAAAAAGACCCAUUUCUUCCAUCCCUGGGUGCACAGCCUACCAAGAAUAGUGAACAGGCUGAUCAGUCUCUGUGAAAGGUGUUAAUGCAGAGGUGUAUACCCUAUUCUGUGUAAAUCCUCGAAAGGGUUUACCAACAGAAAGAAAAACAUCCACAAAGGAAUGUUGAUUCUCAACUUAUAAACAACGGAAAAUGCUGUUGCAUAUUAAGUUGAGUGAAGAAACUAAUUGACAUUUACGUAUCCCAUAGUAAUCUCUAGCAACUUUAGUUGAACCAAGUAACUCAAGUCAAGUAGGUAUUAAAUAAAUGUUUGUUAAGUAGAAAACCCUCCAAUGAUCAGCAUUUAGUUUGCAUUUGCUAGUUUGCAUGGUUUGGUGUUGGGGUAUUUUGUGAACAAGACACAAUUAAGAAAAAAUACUUAACAGGAAGUAGGAAAAUUCCCAUUUCUUGUUUUUAUAACUAGAAUUGAAUUAAAAGAAAUAAAUUAAACAAUA